UGGUUGCUUUGCUUGCUUCCACCAGGCGGCAAAGCUCCUCCCCAAGCAGCUGAGCCGCCUCCGUCCUCCCCGAGGAGAGAGAAACGGGAAGGGGCAGCACGAGCACGCGCAAUCGCUGAGUUGCUACACACAUUGCAGCAGUGCACACCACAUCCACACGCGCGCGCGCCGGGGGGAUGGAGUGACAAGCAUCGGGUUGCUUCCGGCGAUGGCCAUGGCCAACCCCGCCCCAUCCCCUUCGUCAUGCGUACAAGCCAUCCCCACAUCAACCCUCCACCACCGCCUGCUCGCCUGACGGCACCCGCGCCGGCACCGCACCGCGGCCACUCCACAAAUCCAUCCCCCCUCUUCCCGGCCCCUGCAUUCAUUCUGCUUGCUUCCCCGAAAUGUCGCCCUUGGUCUGACGCAACGCGCCUUCGAUCCCCGAGAUAAAGCUCGCCGCUUUCCGCCCGUUCCGCCAAAUCCACUUCUUGAUUUUUUUUCCUGAGCUCUCGGAAUUUCUCUCUCGUUUCGGUUGCUAGAAUCCUUGGGUUCUCCCAAUGCUCGCUGGUUUGAUCCGUUCUAAUUGCUGAAACGUCUCUUGAUUGGUCCUAGAUUUCAUUAGCCCAAAGGGGGGAAUCUCUUCUUUUUGGGGGGUUCCUGAUUUGAGUGUGCCACCACCGUCUUUGCUUCCGGCAAUGGGGAACAGCAGCAGCAGCAGCGGGAGCCACAGGCGUCCGGAGGCCUCGGAGCCGGCGCUGCCGCCUGAUGCGGCGCCGGCGGAGGAGCUGAGCUCGUACGAGGCGGCGUGCCGGUCGGACCCGGAGCUGCGCACGUUCGACACGACGCUGCAGCGGCGCACGAGCCGCGCCAUCUCGACGCUGGCGGUGGGCGUCGAGGUGCGGUCGUUGUCGCUGGACUCCCUCCGCGAGGUCACCGGCUGCCUCCUCGACAUGAACCAGGAGGUGGUGCGCGUCAUCCUCGACUGCAAGAAGGACAUCUGGAAGAGCCCCGACCUGUUCGACCUCGUCGAGGACUACUUCGAGUGCAGCCUCCACACCCUCGACUUCUGCACUGCACUCGACAAGUGCCUCAAGCGCGCCCGCGACUCCCAGCUCCUCCUCCACGUCGCGCUCCAGCGCUUCGACGACGAGGAUGACGCCGCCGCCACCGCCGCCCCCUCCGCCCGGUACGCGCGCACGUUGCACGAGCUGCGCCAGUUCAAGGCAGCCGGGGACCCUUUCACGGACGAGUUCUUCGCCGCCUUCCAGGCCGUGUACCGGCAGCAGCUGACCAUGCUGGAGAAGCUGCAGCAGCGCAAGCACCGGCUCGACAAGAAGAUCAAGACCAUCAAGGCGUGGCGCCGGGUGUCAAGCAUCAUCUUCGCAACCACGUUCGCAGCCGUGCUCAUCUGUUCGGUGGUUGCCGCGGCCAUUGCUGCCCCACCUGUCGCUGCAGCAUUGGCCGCGGCUGCUGCAAUCCCGCUGGGGUCUAUGGGGAAGUGGAUCGAUUCGUUGCUGAAAGGGUAUCAGGACGCGCUCCGUGGACAAAAGGAUGUGGUGAGCGCAAUGCAGGUCGGCACCUUCAUUGCCAUCAAGGAUUUGGACAGUAUCAAAGUCCUAAUCAACCGGGUGGAGGUGGAGAUCAGCUCAAUGAUCGACUGCGUAGAGUUUGCUGAGCGGGAUGAGGAGGCAGUGAAAUUUGGGGUGGAGGAGAUCAAGAAGAAGCUGGAAAAUUUCAUGAAGAGUGUUGAGGAUCUUGGGGAGCAGGCGGACCGGUGCAGCCGAGAUAUCCGUCGAGCAAGGACCGUCGUGCUGCAAAGGAUCAUUCGGAAUCCAAACUGAAAAAAAAAGAAGUGGAAUAAUGUAAGGGAUUGGUGACAGUGAUGUGCAUGAAAGGGUCUGUGGCUUAGACGAGGAAGCAAACAAAGUGAUGAUUGUCCUAAAGCAACAAAUAAUGCUCGUGGACUUCUGUGAACAAGAAUCAGCAUAACUAACUUAUAUGUUCCCUUUCAUCAAAAAAAAAUCUUAUAUGUUCCCUAUCCAAAUUGUGGUUAGAACACCGGCAUGGUUCUUUGUUUCCUUUAUACCUUAUUUUUAGGACGCACUCUACUAUUCUCUGGCCUCUGGGCCGUAUCCCUAUAUCUGUCGCUUAAUACCCGCCGUGGGAGUUGUGGAUGUGUCA